AUACGAGUUACCUCCCCUGUAAACUACGACGCGUUAUAAAGCGGUGUAGAUCAGGCGAGGCACCAUUUGCAGAAACAGGCCAAAGAUCUUACUCCGAAAACCAAGGUCCAUCUAAGUCAUCAAGGGUUUGUCUGCAUCAUCGAACAUGCAUACCAGUACAUAUUGCGUCCUCCUCGCCACAGCGAUGUCAUUAAUCGCCGCCUCAACACCCUGCAGAGUAGACUCAGAUCUGUGCCAGAGAAAUUCUCAAUUGGAUAUCUCAUUUGGUUUGAGUGGUAACGUGUGGUGUGACGAAACACUCGCUCGUGCCCGAACAAGCGAGAUGCCUGAAGUGGACUUCGCAGCUGCACAACAUGGACAGAGGUACCUGUUCGUCAUGUUCGACCCGGACGCGCCUGUCCCUGGCUGCUCAUUUCUCCACGCACUGGCGAUGGUGACGUUCCAGAAUGGACAAAUGAACACAGAAACGAGUUUUCUGGAUUACAGAGCGCCUUCGCCACCCAGCGGCACCCACAGGUACCAGAUGUAUCUGUACGAGUGGGUCAGCAAUGAUGACAGUGUUACUUACGAUCCCCGCCCCUUCAGCAUUGCGAAAUUGGAGACUGACAACAACCUUUCCCAAGCGGUAGCCGUGUUCCAAUUUCGCGUCCCCAGUUAAACACCUGUUUAAGUAUUUGUUUUACUCGAAUAAAGUAUUCAGAACGUGA